CGCGUUUAAUUAAAAGGUGAAGAAGAGAAUAUUCCAUAGUUAUCUAAUAUUAGAAUUUUUCGUGAGUGUUUAGUGAGUGAGCGGCCUUCGCGGUUGUUUUGAUAACGCGCUAUUGUAUUCGCGUGAGCUACGUCGCACCGGUCGCGCGACUUCAUUCAGUCUAGUCUAGAUCUUCGUAGCGACGGGAUCGUUGCUCCGUGUAUCACUCCGUAUUAUCCAUUGAAUCGCAAUUGCUUCUUUCGAAUUAACAGUGUCCGCGCGUUUAAUUGAGACGCAACGAAAAGAAUAUUUCAAACUUAUUUUCCGUUUCAGUUUUUUUGAGACCGUUUACCGCGCGGCCUUCGCGCUUGUUUUUAUGACGCGCUAUUGUUUUUGUGCGAGUCACGUCGCACCGGUCGCGCGACUUCAGUCUAGUCUAGAUCUUCGUAGCUACAGGAGUUGCUCCGUGUAUCGCUCCGCAUUAUUCAUCGAAUCGCGAUUGCUUUUUUCGAAUUAACAGCUAAGCGUCCGCGUAUUUAAUUAAAGUACAAGGUAAAGAAUAUUUCACAUUUAUUUUAUAACGUUUGAAUUUUUCGUAACUAUUUACCGCGAGACUUUUGGCGGUUUUUAUGGCACACUAUUGUAUACGCGCGAGUCACGUCGCACCGGUCGUGCGACUUCAGUCUAGUCUAGACCUUCGUGGCGGCGGGAAUCGCUUCGUGUAUCACUCCGCAUUAUCCAUCGAAUCGCGAUUGCUUUUUUCGAACAAUUAACAGCUCUGCGCUCGCGCGUUUAAUUAGCUAUCUGCGAUUAACGACUGCAAAUGCAUCGGCAACUUAUUUCGCGCGGUGUUGAGCUCACGGGAUCGAAGGAGUCGAAGCGAUAAAAGAUGGAAGCUAUAAAUUACUGUUUUACUUGUAUCGCCAAUAAUGAAAAUUCUUUUCAACGACUUUAAUUUGAAGUUCAUUAAGCGUAUCUCGUAGUGCGCUUUAAAUUUUCCACCGACUCAAGUAAUUUGUUCGUUUCUUACUACCUGAGAGUGCUAAAUGUCGAGUGAUUAUAAAAGGAUCAUAGAGCUUACGAUAUCUUUCUUGUGGUACUUUUCUGUCGCAAUCUGUAAUAGAAAAAUGCGCGUUGUGUCGGGAGUGCCGUGUUGUUAUAUUAUUGUGACAAUUAAGACGAUCAUAAUUACGCGCGUUUCGCGAGUGUUGCGAGUGCAGAUGUGACUGAGAGGAUGACGGGGCUUAGGAGGCAUCAGGCAACGGCGGAGCGACUAUGAGUUCAAUGUUCUCAUAACUCCGUCGCGGCGCAUCGUACUGGUGGCGUGGAUCCAUGUAGGCCGCCAAAUGCUGCUCACUAUUCACAAGCAUGUGGUCGUGAAAGUACCCAGGUUUUCCGUGUCGCAUGACAAUCAGAAAACAUGGCUGCUUCAUAUUAAUAGCGUGCAACAGGAUGACCGGGGUUAUUAUAUGUGCCAAGUAAAUACCAAUCCAAUGAUAAGCCAAGUGGGCUUUCUUCAAGUCGUUGUGCCACCAAAUAUAUUGGAUUCCCUUUCUACGGAAAGCACUGUGGCGGUUCGAGAACAUCAGAAUAUUACUCUCACAUGCAAGGCCGACGGAUACCCGCCGCCGAAAUUAAUGUGGAAGCGAGAAGAUGGUCAAGUAAUAAGCGUCAACAAACAUCACAAAGUGGCCCUGUACGAUGGCGAGCAAUUAAACUUGACGAGGAUCACACGCAGCGAAAUGGGCGCUUAUCUCUGCAUCGCGACCAAUGGUGUGCCGCCCACGGUCAGCAAGAGGAUCACCGUGGAUGUCGAAUUUUCCCCAAUGAUCUUCGUGCCGAAUCAGCUUGUCGGUGCGCCAACUGGCACCAACGUAACGAUCGACUGUCACACGGAAGCUUAUCCCCGCGCCAUGAGCUACUGGUUUCUGGGAGAUGAGAUGAUUCUCUCCAACGAGAAGUACACGACGAAUAUCAUGGAGAACAGCUACCGCGCGCACAUGAGACUCACCAUCAGAAACUUGACAGCGAGUGACUUUGGUAGCUACCGGUGCAUUAGCAAAAACUCGCUGGGCGAGACGGAGGGAUCCAUCAGAUUAUACCCUAUUCCGAAGCCGUCGGCGGCACCGAAGGCGACGGAGAUCAAGAGCAGCGCCAACAAUGAAGGACGACCGAGCACGCCACCGCCAGCAAAAAGGCUGACCACCGUGUGGCCCUCGUCGUACAACCCCUACUAUCCGAAAAGGACAGAGAGACCACCGAGUGAGGAGAGAAUCGAGAGGCCCGAGAGGCCCGAGCAGAAGCUACGUGGUGGCGAAAGUACAGGAAGCGCAUACAUCAUCAGAUGGAGUGCGCCGCAGUUGAUGGUCGUGGCGGUGCAGUACAUUCUCACGGGGCCGUACAUGCCCCCGUACGUACCGCAGACAGCGAAUUAAGACGUCCGUCGCAAGGAAAAGAGCCGCCGUUCAUCCCGGAGGAAAGGGGACCCGUCGGCGAUGCGCGAGGGGGACGCCGGUUCCUAAAAAUGAUAUCGUCGCGUAUCUUUCGCGGGGAGCGCGCUUUUUGCGGAGCCGCGGAUUAUGGAGCGCUGAUGGACAGGAAAUGUGCUCGCGAACGGGUAACUGGUAACGGGUAACUGGUUUACGACCGACAGACACUAAUCUAUUCCGAUCUGAAAUGGAUUCCGAUUUUGCUUUACGUACCGCUCGUCGAUCGAACGGUCGAUCGUCGCGAAUCGGAUUGAGAGAUUUUCACAACGACACCGAAGUAUUACGUAAUUUUAUUCUUAUUAAACGGCCCUCCCGCAGAUGAUACCCUGAAAUACCUGGCUGUGCUCGAUAAAGUCUGUUCUUCGUUAUGGACGUCGUAUAAUUCUCUAUGAAAUCGUUUUCGCGCGCGGGGAUCGAUAAGCUACUGCGCUCCGCUCGGUCUCAGCUACGCCAAAGUUUAAAAUUUAAACGGACAGCUAGAAAGAGCGGGACGAUGCCGACGUAUACUAAUCGACAAGCCGCGAUACCAAUAAGUAUCUUAAAUAUUAAUGUUUCAUGACGUGCCGCGGAUACACUUGAAAGUAUUCGAGAUAAUUUUAAACAAAGACGAGCUAAUAUUCGAGUCAAUUUCCGUUAUUCGGUUAUAUAACGCCAUACCUCUCGCGACAGCUUUUGCGAUUUUACUUUGUUUUUUUAAUCAUUAAUAUUACAUGCGUUACCAUACAAGCGUCAUAUGUGAUACAAUUCGAAAACCGCGGAGAUCGCUUCAACCUUCUGCUUUAAUAUACGUUUUUAAGACAUUGUUACGAUAUUGUGUCGAAUAAAAUCCAAUAAAUAUUUUUUUCCAUCUAUACUCAAGAAUCGUUGUUCCGUAAUGUAAAGAGAUAACAAAAGAAGCAUAAUAAACUAAGUAAUCAAACGAAAGAAUUGUGCGUUUCCUCGACGUGUGUGGAUUUACGUGUAAACCGACGCACCUCCAAGCGAGAACCAAGGCGAUGAGGAGGCGUCCGAGAGAUCUCUCCAGAGAACUGGGAGGGAAUUUGAUUAAUGCCUCGGCACGUGAAAAAUGGCGGGGGCGCGGUCACGACUCCUCGAAAUAGCGCGAGCGCGACAAUGACGUAAGAGUCAUUGAGAAUUUUUCGCGAAAAAGAAAACUCGGUAUAAUCUCGCGUUUUGCCUUCGACAAAAAUGCGAAACUGGAAACUCAAAAUAAAGUUAUAACGAGGUGAAAUGCCUCGCCGGGAUUUAAAUAUAUCUCGAUACGCACUGUGCGAGCGCGCGAAUAAAUAUGCAGGUGUCACUUUACAAUGCGCCCCUGCAAAACACAGACAUUUUGUAAAAGCAGACACUUUUGUACGAGUAAUGACAAGAAGCCGAGCGCUGCUUUUGUACGAAUUUUAUUGCGCGCAGGUUGUCAGUUAUAUGGACCAAAAUUAAAUUUAUUGCAGAUCAGGGAACAUUAUUGUCCGAUAAAAUUUAUAUCAACUUCGAAUGUCCGAUCCGUCGUGACGACAUAUUAUUGCCCCGUGAAAAUUUACGAAUACCCCGCAUUCAUUAAACGUCCUUCGCGUUUAAUUAAGCGUUCAUAUAUAGGUAUGUAUAUAUAUAUUUUUUUGCGGUUAAAACGCUACUGACAAUUUUUAAUUAUCAUGUACGUCAGGACAUUGUUACUCGCCAAUUAAAUGAUCUACGGAAACUCUUUCUCAAUUCGUUCUCAACGUCAAUUAUACAUCUGCAAUUUCCACUGCCGUCACUCGAUACAGAUGCUGCAUACAGGACUGAUUCCGAUUACAAUUGUAACGUAAGAUAACUCUAGCGUGUAUAGACUCGAAGAGACUGAUAACGUGUCGCGAUUUAUACGAUUCCUUUUGAUUAUCUGAAAAUUACCACUCUCAUCUGACUGCCGUUUGCGCUUAUUAAUGAAACGAUCUCGGUUAUUGCUACAGAAGAAUUGUUUUAUGCAAUUACAAGCGCGCGCGCGCGCGCAGAGCACACUAUUACUAUUGCAGGAACAAUAGGUCGGAAUUGGAUUAAUAUACGGGUGCAAAAUUAAAUUACUUUAUGUAUAAAGAAACGAAUGUGUGAAGCGCAGUAACAUUUCUCUCCGGCGAAGAGUCUCCGCGCAGCAAGUUAAUUGCCUUCCGCUCUUCUCAUUCAUUACUCUUUACACGCGCCAUUGUACAUAUCAGAAUCUCGGCGUUCUGCCGUAGUUUACGCUAAUUGUCACACUAGUUAUCGUUAUUAGCCCUUUUACGCCGGCGCAACUUAAAAUUGAAGUUUUAUAUUUAAUACGUUUCAGUGAAAUUUUCAUUACGCGCAGAGUGAAUUCUUCCACUUAACAAUUAUAUCCGCGGCAGUGAUAAAUUGCAAUAUUUUCCGAACAGAAGCUGUUAAUUACGUUCGCAUUUCAAUGGGGUACAAGUUUAAAGCGAGAUUAAUACACGUGAGAAAUCUGAUAUGGCACGCGAGAAGUAUAAUAUUAUUUGGACGGAAAAUUUCGCACCGAAGCCUCGCGUCGCCUCAAAAUUGGAAACUCCGACCGUGCGCGGCCAACGCGACGUUUUCACUGAAAAACGGUACGUGAAUAGCGAAGCUGCACGAUCCUGGCGUUUAUUUUAACAGAAAAUAUCGAGUUCGCGUUCCCGGCACUUAAUUCCCAAGAUAAAAAAGAAGCUUUUCCCUGUUAAUAAACGUACGAACGGAGACAUAUUUCUUUCUUCGAGACAUUACAGUGGCAAUAUGAUUCUCGUUGUCGAGCGGACCAUUGAUCUUUCCUCCAAAAGGACGAGCGGUGGCCGUCGGCCACAAAAUCCGAUCUUUCUCGACACAACAGCCCUGCGGCUCUCUCUCUCUCUCUCCCCCUCUCGCUUCGGUAACGGGACGCCUGGAUUUGCUUCGUGGAGAUCAUCCAUCUGGAUAUCGAAACACCUUGACCACCCCUUUAUCUCGAUCCCUUUCCGGAAAUGUACGCGCGCGAAGCUCACGCGCAUCGCGACGCCGACGCCGCCGCGCCGCGGAUAUAUGUGUACAAUACCGCGCCGAUAUAAUUGUACAGUGGCCGUCGGAGGUAUCAUUCCGUAAUCUAUGUAGUCCCGGUCGAAUGGGGGAUUAUGUUAAGCGAUGCGUGAGCGCGGCCACAGUCCACGGCAAUCCAGGCGUAACAGAGAUACUGCUCGGUGACGUCGUUACACUCGCGCACACGCGCGUUUCCCCCGCUUAUGUACGCACUCCGCGAUUAUGUAUCGUACAUAAGCGCAUAUAUACGUGUAUACGACCGAUGCAUUGUAUAUUUGUAUAUCGUGAGCGAUACGCGCGCGGGACGCAUUACCGCGAGCGCGGCGGCGAUCGCGGUCUAUAGGGGGAUGCACCCCAGGGGUGGAUCUGUCCAGAUACCGGUGAAACUUGAGUUUGAGACCCGUGGCUAUAACCACGAGCGAUUGUUUCGCGGGACAAUUUUGAUCGAGAGUAUUCGCCGAUCUGUUAAAGUCAACGGCACGCGAUACUAUUUUUCCCCCACUGGAUUGCUUGUGAGAACCAAU